GCUGAUAGAAGCACUCCUUGAGGCCAGCCGGAAGGGUGAUGGUGAAGUCGCUGUCCAGCGAAGGCGAGAAGCCCGACACCGCAGGCGGCAGCAGCGCCAGUGGGCCCGCGGCCAAGAGCAGAGAGAAGGGGAUCCAGACCCCGGGCUCGUCCAUCUUGACCGAGGUUUGCAGCUGGACAGACGCGGUACCUUCCGGCUUCCUGAGGCGGUACGAGGCGUCCUCUCUUCACUGGACGCGAUCCAACAGGGUCGGCUUGGUGUCUCGGGCGAUAGUCCACAGGUCGCCUCCCGAUACCGCUCGGCCGCCCCCGCCGGCCCCACUCACAGUCUCAGCCCUAGACCUAGCAGCUCUUGUCACCAAGGACCACUUCUCGUCCGGUCAUGGGAGCGGAACACAAGUUGGAGCCACGGCCGCUCUCUACCCGGCGCCCGAGACCUCCACGCCGCCGCCUCCGCCGCCUCCGCAACCGUCUACAGCCCAAGCCUCCUGCCAAGUGGAACCCGUUUCACUGGAAUACUACCAGAAAGAUAAUGAAGAUCUGUUAGCAAAUGUUGCUUCAUUAAGAAAUGAAUUGGAGAAAACAGAAUGGAGUUUACAGAAUUUAGGAGAAGAGCUUUCUAAUAGUAGUAGUCCAGGCGACAGUUCUGAGAACAGCAUCCAUCCAACAAGGUUUGAGAAACUCUCAGUGGAUGAUCUUGUUCAGUCUUUCCACCCUGGAUUUGUAAAUUAUUCUACUCAUAAAAACGUUGGUAAAAUGCCUUACAGCAAUAGUGAUCUCCAAAGAAAAUCAAGAGACAAGUCUUAUGUUGUGUCUUCUAUCACUAACACAAGUGUGGAUCAGGAAAAUAAAGGCCUUCGGGAGAAACUGAAUAAACUUCGGCAACAUAAUGCUUCUUUGAUCUCUCAGAAUCAUAUGCUAAUGAAUAAAAUAGAAUCUCUCCAUUUUGAAUUGACACAAUCAAGAACAAAAAUCUGUGUUCUUGAAAGUACUCAAUCACAGUCCUUUAGCGUCCCAGUUUUAGAAGAACAGAUUACAAAUUUGGAAGCAGAAGUUUCAGCCCAAGAUAAAGUUUUGAGGGAAGCAGAAGAUAAAUUAGAACAGAGCCAGAAAACUGUGAUUGAAAAGGAACAAAGUUUACAGAAGUUGAAAGAAAAAUGUUCAGAGUUGAAAUUGGAUUUGAUUGAACAAAGUAAACAAGGAAAGAGGGUUGAACAGCAAAGGAAUGAAGCAAUGCAUAAUGCUGAAGAAUUAAGCAAAGCUUUCCAAGAAUAUAAAGAAAGAGUAGCUGAAAAGUUGGAAAGGGUUCAAGCUGAAGAAGAGCUACUAGAGAAAAAUCUAGUAAACUGUGAAAAGGAAAAUAAAAAACUACAGGAAAAAUGUGCUGUAUACAGAGAGGACCUGGAAUCCACGAAAGACAAGCUAAGGCAAUUAAAGGAUGAAAAUAAUGAUGGAAAAGAAAGAAUAAGGAAUAUGGUUUUGAAAAACUCUGAGAUCAUGUCACAACUAACUGAGUCUAAACAAAACAUCCUAAAGCUAGAGAGUGAAUUAGAGGACAAAGAAGAAAUUCUUAGAGAAAAACUUGCUCUAGUGAAUGAAAACAGAGAAUUAAAAGUUCUUAUUACAAAGCAGAAUGAACGAUUGAGUUUGUGUCAGAGAGAAAUUGAAGAUUCAAGGCAAGAACUAAACAGUUUGGAAACGAUUAUUUCCCAGUUGCCAUUUAACAAAGAAAUGUUUAAUUCUAAAACGUGUUUCUGUAAGCAUCAAGUGGAAAACUUCUCAACCAAGGAAGAUCUCUGUGUUUCUUGCUGUGAGCUAAAUAAAUCAGUGAUCACAAACCUCAGGAUUAAGCUUGCAUUGAAAGAGGCAAAAAUUAAUACACUUCAAACAAACCUAACUGCCAGUCAGUUUUCUGGUCAUUUUUUGGGUGAUGGUGAGAUGCAGGAAGGUGGCCGAUUAAGUGGCUUAGAAACAGAACCUGUAAAAUUAAGUGGAAGUCAAGCAACAGAUCAUCUCCAAUGCCAAAAGCUACAUACUGUAGGCAAACAUUUUGAGAGAGAAAAGGAAAGACUUGCUGCUGGCAUAGAAGAGUUACGUGCUAAGUUGGCAAAAACAGAAGCUGAGAAUUCUGAAUUAAAGGCUAACAUGGCUCACAGGACCAGUCAAUUUCAAGUGAUACAAGAAGAAUUAUUAGAGAAAGUUACCAACUCUAGUAAAAUGGAAUCCGAAAUGACAAAGAAAUGUUCCCAGAUUCUCACGUUAGAGAAACAGCUGGAAGAAAAGACAAUUGCUUAUUCUUCUGCUGCUGCAAAAAAUUCUGAACUGGAACAGGAACUUAUGGAAAAAAAUGAAAAGAUACACAGUUUGGAAUCAAAUAUAAAUUCGGAACAUGAAAAAAUGUGUUUAGCCUUUGAAAAGGCAAAGAAGAUUCAUUAUGAACAACACAAAGAAAUGGAACAUCAGAUUGAACUAUUUCAAAUUCAGCUAGAAAAGAAAGAUCAACAAUUUAAAGAACAGGAGAAGACUGUGUCCAUUUUGCAACAGGAUAUCGUAUAUAAACAACAUCAUCUUGAAUCACUGGAUAGACUAUUGCUGGAAAAAAGAGGGGAAAUGGAGAAGCAGAAUACCCAGAAAGAUGAGUCUUUGAAAAUGUUACAGAGCCAAGUAUCUGAAGAAACAAUCAAAGUCAAACAGCUAGAGUCAGCCCUGGAUAUGUGUAAAGAAGAGUUGGCUGUGCAUUUGAGCCAACUGGAAGGAAACAAGGACAAGUUUGAGAAACAACUAAAGAAGAAAUCUGAAGAGGUGUAUUGUUUGCAGAAAGAGCUAAAAUUAAAAACUCACAGUCUGCAAGAGACUACCAAACAAAAUGUUAUCUUGCAGCACACUUUGCAGCAACAGCAGCAGAUGUUACAAGAUGAGACUGUAAGAAAUGGAGAACUAGAAGAUUCUCAAGCUAAACUUGAAAAACAGGUAUCAAAACUGGAACAAGAACUUCAAAAACAAAAAGAAAUUUCUGCAGAAAAGUUAAGAAAAAUGGAGGAGAAACUUGAAUCAGCCUGUCAUGAAGCAGAUACAAAAAGGCAGAAGGUUAUUGAGCUUACUAGCACUGCCAGGCACAUAAAAUUGGAAAUGGAUCAGUGCAAGGAUGAGUUGGUUCAAAUGGAGAAAGAAAUACUUCACCUGAGACGGGAUGGAGAGAAUAAAACAAUCCAGUUAAAUCAUUUAGAUAUGACCUUAGAACAAACACAGACAGAACUAGAUAAAAAAGUGAAAGCUGUGAAAGAGUUAGAAAAACUACAGCAGCAUUCUCAAAAAGAUCUAAAGGAAGCCUUGCAGAAACGAGAAGAGCUAGAGACUGAACUGCAAAAUGCUCAUGUAGAAUUAAAAAAUACUUUAAAACAGCUACAAGAAUUGCGAGAUGUACUGCAGAAUGCCCAAAUGUCUCUAGAGGAAAAGUAUUCCACUAUAAAGGAUCUCACAGCUGAACUCAGAGAGUGCAAGCUUGAUAUUGAGGACAAGAAGCAAGAGCUUCUUAACAUGGACCAGGCACUGAAAGAUAGAAAUUGGGAACUGAAGCAAAGAGCAGCUCAAGUUACACAGUUGGAUAUUACUAUUCGUGAACAUAGGGGAGAAAUGGAACAAAAAAUAAUUAAAUUAGAGGGUACUCUGGAGAAAACAAAACUAGAACUUAAGGAAUCUAAUAAACAGAUAGAAGUCUUAGAAGAAGACUUACAAAACAGUAAAGACCAGCUUCGUGAACAAGAAUUUGAAGUACUACAAAAUGUACAGGAGAUUAGUCAAUUGAAAAAGGAAACAGAAAGAAAACAACAGAAAAUUACAGAGACUGAGAAUAUUGUGAAAGAGCAGGAACAGUGCAUUGCAGCCCAAUACAAAGAAGCUUUGGAUUUAGGGCAGCAGGUGAGGUUAGCAGAGGAGCAGAUACAGCGAACUCAGCAGGAGCUGCUAGAGGCCCGCCGGCAACAAGUCCAAGCCCAGAGAGAAGCUGAGAGACUCGCAAAUAAACUAGAAGAAACAAAACAUCUUUCUAGAGAGAAGGAAACACAUGCAAACCAUUUGGCUGAAGAAUUGGGAGCUUCACAAGCGCGUGAAACUAAACUGGAAGCAAGACUGCAAGCAGAAGUAAAGAAACUGUCAACAGAAAUAGAAUCACUGAAAGAAGCAUAUCAUCUAGAGAUGCUUUCACAUCGAGAGAAUCGUACAAAGUGGAAGUUGUCUUCAGACAACCAGAAGUCUUCAGUUCAGCAACUAAAUAUUCAAUUAGAGAAGGCAAAACAUGAAUUAGAAGAAACUCAGGGUACAUUAAGCAGUCUGCAUAAACAAGUGCAGGACAAGAAUGAAGUGAUUCAAGCUGCCAACGAAGCAUUGCUUGUUAAAGAAUCAGAGGUAACGAGGUUGCAAGCCAAACUUUCUGGACAUGAAAGGACUGAAGGCUUAAAGUAUCUACCAGUCUCACUUUUGUCUCCUACUGAAAUUAUGUAUGAUAUUCAAGAUGCAAGGCUCUUCAAACAGCCUCAGCCACUAUUUCUCAAAUCUAGAAAAUUGCGUCGCUCUAUUAGUGCCAGUGACCUAAAUGUCAAGACUAUUGACAAUGAAGAUCUUGCUGAAGAACUCUUAGAGGAUCUAAAGCAAGUACUCAUUCAGAAUCCUUUACCAACAGAGGAAGAAAAUAAAAAAGAUGCAUUCUAUACUCCAUCAGAUGUAUUCGACUCAGUGACAUAUGAUCCAGAUGAUGAUGAAGCUUCUCAAAAUAAUGACUUCACUACUCUUAGUGGAAUGCUAAAAUACAUAAACAAAGAAGUGAGACUGUCAAAAAAGUCUUCUGUAUCAGCAUUUGGUACAAAUCAGGAAGAAGAUUUGUGAUUAAAUGAAGAUACUGAUGUGAUGAGAAAAUUGAACCAUUGGCACUCUAUUAUACUUAAGUACCU